GGCAUUCCUGCAAAUUGGAGCCAUGGGAAAAUUAGGUUAGAGCCAAGAGCAACUGGGUGGCUCAGUUUUCUUGACUGAAGAUCCACCAGUCAACAAACCGCCAGAAUUUUCUACUUACAAGAAGCCUCUGUGUCGCAGCUGCAUUUAUUGGAUAUACAAAUGAGUUUUCCGAGCCAACACUUACUGAAUCACUAUCAGCAGAGGUGACGCCGACCACGUGAUCUUGGUGGAGGUUGGACGAUACGGUGUUGAUUGGGAGGGAACAAGGGCCAGUCAUGUGAUCGGGAGGAGGUCACGGGUCUGUACAUGCGCAGUGGUGUCAUCGUUAAGGUGUGAUGCUAUUGUGAUAGGUAAACAACUUGACAGUUGGUGCUGGUCCAGAAGGAGGUUUUGAUUGGGCUCGUGUCAGCUCCGGAAAGCAGACGAGCACGUAUCGCACCUAAAAAGGGAUGCGAUUGUCCGAAGCUGUUACUUACUGUUUUGUCGCCGUUAUCGCAUAACUUGAAGAUGGCAAUACCCAUGAACAAGCUUUGUGGUCUGGUAGCAGCAACCUUCACACCGAUGACACAAGAGAAUGAAAUAAACAUCUCUGUAAUUGGUCAGUAUGUUGAUUAUCUGGUAAAGGUCCAGGGGAUUAAAAAUAUUUUUGUGAAUGGCACAACUGCAGAGGGCAUUUCCCUUACUGUUGAAGAAAGAAAAUUGCUUGCUGAAGAGUGGAUUAAACAAGGAAAGGGCAAGUUAAAUCACGUGAUAAUUCACGUGGGUUCCUUAAGUAUAGAAGAAUCAAAACAAUUGGCAAUACAUGCUGCCAAGUGCAAUGCUUCUGGGAUUGCAGUCAUUUCCCCAUUCUUCUUCAAGCCUCAAAGUAUAGAAGCUUUAACAGAAUUCCUACAGGAAGUCGCAUCUGCUGCCCCCAGCAUUCCUUUCUACUAUUAUCACAUUCCUGAAUUUACUGGAGUAUCUUUAAAUGUUGUGGAACUGCUAGAUGGGAUCGAAAAAAGGAUUCCAACAUUCCAGGGAGUGAAGUUCACCAGCAGUGACUUGUUGGAUUUUGGUCAAUGUGUUCACAAGUUCAAGGAUAGGUUUACAUUGCUGUAUGGGAAAGAUGAGCUACUCUUGUCAGCAAUUGUACUGGGAGCAAGUGGAGCUGUUGGCAGUACAUAUAAUUACAUGGGAAGUUUGUGUAAUAAGAUGCUGACUUAUGCUGAGAGAGGAGACUACGACUCGGCGAGGGAGCACCAGGCUGUGAUCCAGGAGUUCGUUGGCUCUAUGAGUAGACUUGGUUUUGGAGUGGCUGAAAACAAGGCUACAAUGACACUUGUAUCGGGAAUUCCACUUGGUCCCCCUCGCCUGCCACUGUUAAAAUGCAAUGAGGAGAAGCAAGCAAAGAUAUUGGCCACACUGAAAACGUUGAGAAUAUUGAUAUGAACACUGCUUGUAAUAAUGGAUGGAAUUCACUAUUGGGGAGAUUAAUUUACUGUUUAUUACACUUAUGAGUUUUUCUUCUUUGUUUUGCUUAGAUGCAGGAUAGGUCUAAAUAUCAGUAAUUAAUUCAUUACAAUCACACCCAAUUAAAUUAAUCAUGUGACUGUAUGGCCAGUGAUGGACAACCCUCAGUCUUCCACAAUGUCUGAUGUUUAGCAGGCAGCUUUAUCUCUAUCAUUGUAGCUUUCACAAUGCAUGCUGUAUUUAAGCACAGUCCAAUACCGCUGACUUCUGUAACUGUAAUUCAGUCCUGCCUGCUAGUAGUGGGCUGUGCCCCCUGCACCCCAUUUACUGCCUAAAGCUGUCUUGUCCGUAGGACUUUUAAUUGAAUCUCUUCAUGCUUGUCAUUUUUUAAUGUUAUAUGUAUCUAUUCAACAUCUAUAAUUUAAAAUAUAUAGCUAUGAUUAUCUGGA